UUAAUUCGCUAAGUGUUGUUUUGCAAAAUAGUUGCGAUUGUUAACGGAACGGCGAAGAAGUAAAAAACAAAUAAUAUUGAGGAAUUGGAGAUUAGAAAUUAUGAAAUUUUUGUUAAAUAUUCUCCUAUUGGCCAUUGCCCUGACCACCAUAGAUGCAUAUUGCGAUGUAUGCCAGCAGAGUAAUGAGGCAGCCUGUCGCAGUCGUAAUACCUUUUCAUUGUGUGUAGAUGGCGUUCUUAUGGAAGAGCAUUUUACCUGCCCAAAUGAUUACGUUUGUACGUCUGGUGAAAAUAUUUGUUAUCCACCGGAUGAAGAAACACCGGUUUGUCCAUUUGAUGCUGUCGAGGAUAGUGACGCCAUGAUACGUGAGGGCAAUCAAUGUGGCAUCUGUGACGAAGAUAGAGUAUUUGCUUGUCUGAGUGAAACUACUUAUGGCUUCUGUUUUGGAAAAGAAUCCAUAUUAGAUGGACCCGUCGAUCUGGUUAUGGACUGUCCGGCAAAUACAGUUUGUAAUAUAAAUUACAAAGCUGAUUUUUGCUAUGAUGAUACGUUGGCUAAGGCUAGUUGUGUUCCCUCUUCCCCCGAUGAAGAUAAUUCCGAAACAACGACAUAUGAGCCAGAAACAACAACAACUUCUACUGAAUUUACAACAACUACCAAAGUGUACAGUACUACAACGGAGUUACCCGCCACCACUACCACUGAAGUCGAUAGCGCAACGACAGAAUAUUCAACAACAACUGAAGAAGUUACCACCACAACAACAUUACCCACCACAACAACAACAUUGCCUACAACCACAACAACAACUGAAGUCAUUACCGAGACAACAACAUCUUCUGUUCCAACUACAAACUUCACCCCCGAUGAACCUACUACAGAAACGAAUAUAAUUACAACUACCCAAGAACCCAUAACUGAGACGACAACCAUGGUCCCCACCACCACCACCACAACAACAACCACAACUGAAAAAUCAACAACACGAUCAACACUCCCCGACACUACCAAAGAAUAUACCACUGAACCGACAACCAUAAUACCCAGCUCAACAACUACCACCGGAGGUCCUACUACAGGUUCAACUACCCUGGCUCAUAGCACAACCACCUCCACCACUACUGAACAAUCUACAACAGAAUCAUCUACAACGGUCUCCAGUACAACAACCACUGAAGCUUCCAGCUCAACGGCAACAACAACAACUGUGACUACUACAACGACGACUCCAACUCCAACAGAACCACGUGAUCCCAAUCAAUUAUGUCAAGAUGAGGGUUCAACUGGUUUCUUUAAACCCGAUUUGGAUCCGACCUGUACUAAAUACAUCAUGUGUUAUGGUGUAACUUUGCAAGGUAUUGAGAAAACUUGUCCAACUGGACAGUACUUUGAUGGAGAGAGGAAAUUCUGUACCGUUGAGAAACCAAGUGAUUGUAAAAUCGAGACUUCAACGACGACGACGAAGAAUCCUGGGGAAACCGAAACUUCAACAUCUACAACAACAGAUACGAAUCCAAAUCCAGAAACUACAACAACAACAACUGUGAAAGUGCCCACAACAACAUCGGCAAACAAUCAAGAAAGCCCAACAACCACAACUCAGGCAACCAUUACAAAUCCGCCACGUGAUCCAAAACAAAUCUGCUUGGAUGCCGGUGCUAGUGGUUCGUAUAAGUACGAUGGCGAUUGUACCAAAUUCGUCAUGUGCUACAUUCUUAAUGGCACUUUGGAUGGCAUGCUAAAGUCUUGCCCCGCUGGCCAGUACUUCCAUGAGGAUACCAAAUUGUGCGUUAAUGUCAAGCCAGACAGUUGCCUUUAAGAGGCAGAAAGUUGUCACAGCAUCAUUUAAUAAAAAAUAUAUAAAUUUUGAUAUUCAACUGUGAAAUAAAUUUCAAUAAUAAAAUGCAGUUGAUUGGUGAAA